CAGCACCGAAUCGGUCGGGAGAGCCGAGGGAGAAUCCGGGUGGAAGCGAGAAAUCCAGCCCGGCUCGCGGCGCCCGGUCCCGCCCCGGCCCUGGCUGGGCCCCCGCAGCGUGCGCGCCCGCCCCGCGCCGCCGGAUCGAGCCCCGUGCACGGCCACGGCAGGGGAGCUUCCCAGCCAUCACCCUGUGCACCCAACUGGAGAAAGUGAGCAAGAUCAAGCAGGCAGCGGUAUGCGGCACCCCCUGGCUGGCCCAUUGUCAUCAGAGCUGCUGUUGACCACCCCCUGGAGGCCCUGACGCCCUGGGGCACUUCUGCUCUGCACAGGACCACGUUGGGGUUUGCCAUGGUGACAUAAAGGGGUAUAGAAGAAGGAAGGAGCAAGACCAGCCUAUAGACUGUGCCCCUGGCUGGGGAAAGGGCCAGGGGCCCGGAUCCUUCUUUCCACUGCCAUCUGAACUUGAACGUCUUACUUCCUAAGUUUCUGAAUUUCUCAGUCAGUGGACAAUUCUUGGGCCUCCUGUGUGAGGCCUUAAGGGGGCCAGGCCAGGCUGGGCCUCUGCUAGUUGAGAUCUUGGGGGCCAGGAUGCCUGCCCUGGCAUGCCUCCGGAGGCUGUGUCGGCACAUGUCCCCACAGGCUGUCCUUUUCCUGCUGUUCGUCUUCUGCCUAUUCAGCGUCUUUGUCUCUGCCUACUACCUAUAUGGUUGGAACCGGGGCCUUGAGCCCUCAGCAGAUGCCUCUGAGUCUGACUGUGGGGACCCACCACCUGUGGCUCCCAGCCGUCUCCUGCCGAUUAAGCCUGUGCAGGCAGUUGCCCCUUCCCGAACAGACCCACUGGUGCUCGUAUUUGUGGAGAGCCUCUAUUCACAGCUGGGCCAGGAGGUGGUGGCAAUCCUGGAAUCCAGCCGCUUCAAGUACCGAACAGAGAUUGCACCAGGAAAGGGGGACAUGCCUACACUCACCGACAAGGGCCGUGGCCGCUUUGCCCUCAUCAUUUAUGAGAACAUCCUCAAGUAUGUCAACCUGGAUGCCUGGAACCGGGAGCUGCUGGACAAGUACUGUGUGGCCUAUGGUGUGGGCAUCAUCGGCUUCUUCAAGGCCAAUGAGAACAGUCUGCUGAGUGCACAGCUCAAAGGCUUCCCUCUUUUCCUGCAUUCGAACCUGGGCCUAAAGGACUGCAGCAUCAACCCCAAGUCCCCACUGCUCUAUGUGACACGGCCCAGUGAGGUGGAGAAGGGUGUACUGCCUGGCGAGGACUGGACUGUGUUCCAGUCCAACCACUCUACCUAUGAACCAGUACUGCUGGCCAAGACGCGCUCCUCCGAGUCCAUCCCACACCUCGGUGCAGAUGCUGGCCUGCAUGCUGCACUGCAUGCUACUGUGGUUCAGGACCUGGGCCUCCAUGAUGGCAUCCAACGUGUGCUGUUUGGCAACAACCUCAACUUUUGGCUGCAUAAGCUUGUCUUCGUGGAUGCUGUGGCCUUCCUCACAGGGAAGCGCCUUUCACUGCCUUUGGACCGAUACAUCCUGGUGGAUAUCGAUGACAUUUUUGUGGGCAAGGAGGGCACACGCAUGAAGGUGGAGGAUGUGAAGGCCCUGUUUGAUACACAGAAUGAACUUCGAACACACAUCCCAAACUUCACCUUCAACCUGGGCUACUCAGGGAAAUUCUUCCACACAGGCACUGAUGCUGAGGAUGCUGGGGAUGAUCUGCUGCUGUCCUACGUGAAAGAGUUCUGGUGGUUCCCCCACAUGUGGAGCCACAUGCAGCCCCACCUGUUCCACAACGAGUCUGUGCUGGCUGAGCAGAUGGCCCUGAACAAGAAGUUCGCUGUCGAGCACGGCAUUCCCACAGACAUGGGGUAUGCAGUGGCGCCCCACCACUCCGGUGUCUACCCUGUGCAUGUGCAGCUGUACGAGGCCUGGAAGCAGGUGUGGAACAUCCGUGUGACCAGCACAGAAGAGUAUCCCCAUCUGAAGCCUGCUCGCUACCGCCGCGGCUUCAUCCACAAUGGCAUCAUGGUCCUCCCUCGGCAGACCUGUGGCCUCUUCACACACACCAUCUUCUACAAUGAAUACCCUGGAGGUUCCAGUGAGCUGGACAAGAUCAUCAAUGGCGGCGAGCUCUUUCUCACUGUGCUCCUCAAUCCCAUCAGCAUCUUCAUGACACACUUGUCCAACUAUGGAAAUGACCGUCUGGGGCUAUACACCUUUAAGCACCUGGUGCGCUUUCUGCACUCUUGGACCAACCUGAGGCUGCAAACGCUGCCCCCCGUGCAGCUGGCCCAGAAGUACUUCCAGAUCUUCUCUGAGGAGAAGGACCCACUGUGGCAGGAUCCUUGUGAGGACAAGCGCCACAAAGACAUCUGGUCUAAGGAGAAGACAUGUGACCGCUUCCCAAAGCUUCUCAUCAUUGGCCCCCAGAAAACAGGCACCACGGCCCUCUACCUGUUCCUGGGCAUGCACCCGGACCUCAGCAGCAACUACCCCAGCUCCGAGACCUUUGAGGAGAUCCAGUUUUUUAAUGGCCACAACUAUCACAAAGGCAUCGACUGGUACAUGGAGUUCUUCCCUAUUCCCUCCAACACCACCUCUGACUUCUACUUUGAGAAAAGUGCCAACUACUUUGAUUCAGAAGUGGCACCACGACGGGCAGCUACCCUGUUGCCCAAGGCCAAGAUCCUUACCAUCCUCAUCAAUCCAGCUGACCGAGCUUACUCCUGGUACCAGCACCAGCGAGCCCACGAUGACCCAGUGGCUCUAAAGUACACCUUCCAUGAGGUGAUCACAGCUGGCCCUGAUGCAUCCUCAAAGCUUCGUGCCCUCCAGAACCGUUGCCUGGUCCCUGGCUGGUAUGCCACUCAUAUUGAACGCUGGCUCAGCGCCUUCCAUGCCAACCAGAUCCUGGUUUUGGAUGGCAAACUGCUGCGAACAGAACCUGCCAAAGUGAUGGAUACAGUGCAGAAAUUCCUUGGGGUGACCAGCACCGUUGACUACCAUAAAACCUUGGCGUUUGACCCAAAGAAAGGAUUUUGGUGCCAACUGCUUGAAGGAGGAAAAACCAAGUGUCUGGGCAAAAGCAAGGGACGGAAGUAUCCAGAGAUGGACUUGGAUUCCCGAGCCUUCCUAAAGGAUUACUAUCGGGACCACAACAUCGAGCUCUCUAAGCUGCUGUAUAAGAUGGGCCAGACACUGCCCACCUGGCUGCGGGAGGACCUCCAGAACACCAGGUAGCCUCGGCCACCACAGCCAGACAGAACGCUUGUGUUAGCAGGGAUGUCCUGCCUCACACUGAGCCAGACUGACCUGCCAAGAAGGGUGCUGGGCCCGGCCAGCCUAAAGCAACGAGCAAUACUCUGCUAAGGCCCAUUGGGGCCUGAAGUCCAGGCAGGUCUGCAAGCGCCUCAGAGCAUCCACUGCUGGAUGUGUGGCCUAUGGAACCUCUCUGGCACCAGAGGUCCAUUCCGUUCGCAGCUUCGCUGCCUGGGGAGACCGCUUGUGUUGGUGGAAGGUCAUUCCCUGGUAGGGGGAGUCCUGGAGACGCCCUCCGUCCCCUCAUUGUGUUCUACCACUCCUGCCCUUUCCUUUGUUACACGCCCCCUGCUCCAGCAGGGUGCCCCUCAGUAUUAGCUGUCAUAUUUCCCUGUCCUCCAGACAGUAAGGGAGAAGAGCGCAGCUGGGUCUUUCGCCCAACUAGGGAGAAAGACUGGGCAUGUCCUUGAGGGUUUCGAGCGAGGCUCUGCCAGGGUUUAGCUGGGCACCCAGAUGCACUCAUUGGUUGGAUGUGAGGGUGGCCAUCUUGAGAGGACAUACGGCCUCUAUAUGUGGGUUAAUAUUAUCACAUCUCAUCUUCCCUUUAGGGGAGAGUCUCUCUGGCCCCUAUUGUGUCCACCUAUUGCUCAUGGUCUCUUGUAGGCCCUGGGCCACUGCCAUGCCACUGGGCCUAGAGACAUGGGCCUUAGCCCUGUUCUGUUAACCUGGGUGGGACUGUGGUGUUUCCUGUGGUAAAGGCUGAGGCGAGUCAGGAGUCUGCCAGUGUCCAUGCUUUGUGUACAUACAUCGUUUUACAGCCACUGCCUCGGCCCAGCAGACAUGGCAGAGUUAGCAAGACUGCUGUCCACUGCUUUGCCCAGCAACCUGUGGCCGAGGGUCCCUGAGACCCCCCCUUAACCUCCCAAAUACUAAGAAGCUAAAGUAUUUUAAUAUUUUGUGUUUUUAUUUCUUGGUGCCAGAGUUUAUACCCUGGGUGCUGGGGUCGCACUGUGUUUUAUAUAUAUAUAUAUAUAUAUAAUGUGUAUAUAUAUAUUAUAUUUUUUUUGGUUGGGUUUGUUUUUAAUUCAGUCAUACACAAUGGUGGCAAGCCCUAGCCUCAAAGGGUGUCAUAUCUUAAUGCUAGAGAAUGAGUUGGAAGGGAAGAUGAGUGUUUAUGUAAGAGUCUAGGCCUCAGGGAGAUGGCUUGAAGGGUCCCUCUUCCCUCUCCCACAGAGGGAGCAGAGAUGUUAAGCUGGAAAGGAAGACCAACUCGCUCCAGGAAGUCUGGGUUUACAAGCCUAGUGGCCCUGGGGUGUUUGGGCCAUAGGGAAGAGCUGGGCUGGGGGGGGGAGGGCUGGGGCCCUGAGCUGCCCUCCCCCUCACAUGGUGCUAGGCUGGGGCUGCCUUGGAGUGGGAUGCCCACAGGGACCCACAGAAGUGUCUCCAGUCUCUGCAGGCACAGGGUCUCUGGGUGUUUUCUGCUUGGGUUGUGUUCCUGUCCCCUUUUAACAAUGUGAAGUGACUGAGGUUGGGUUACCUUUCCCUGCCCCUCCUCAACUGCCAAUUCAGUGUCCACCAGGCUUCUAGGACAUACUGGACUUGGAAGGGUUCCAAGACAGACACAAAGUAGGUUCAGGAAUGGGAGGUGGCCUUGGUCAAUGUCACAGAGCUGUUGGAAGCAGUACCGAGAACUAAAUUCAGGCGACUGCUUCUGAGCCAAGUGCUCUUCUGGUACCAUACUGCCUCCGAGCCCACCCUCGGGUCCUCCUGUGUUCCAGGUUCCUGUCUUUCCCUCAGUCACAGCUGUGGUCAUUCCAGGACAUGGGGACAAACCACUCUUUCCCAGCCAGGUGCCUUUGAGCCUUCCCCUUCCAAGACCUGCACACCACUUUUCCUGCUGUAUUCUCUGCUUCCAGCAUUCAUCCUCCUGGUGAUUGUCUUGAUUCUGAGAUAGUCUCUCCUUGAGUUCUCCACUGUGGUGGAGAGUGUUGGAUGCUCAGGGGAACCUGCAGGCAUGGUUUAGGUGUGCAGAGCCCGUGUAUCCUGGUCACUACACAAUACCCGAGGACAGGGUUAGAUAUGCUCAAAGACCCUGCCAGCAAGCUGGAACCAGACUUGGAGUCAGGUCAGUAUGUGCCCUUAGCCUCACUUCCCACUUGUCAGCAAGGAUGGCUCCUAUAUUCGGAAAGUUACUCUCUGUAUGAGACUCUGUGAGAGCUGAGGUAGGAUGGUUGGAGAGGCCCCUGUGUAGCCUGCAGCUCUGUUAGUCUCUGCCUCUGGCCUCAGGUGGAAGCAGGCAGGUUGGAGAGCCUGGCAGACAGAGGAGCUACUGUCUAUUUCCUUCUAAGACCCCAGAGACUGUUCUAAGUCUGUAGGUUAUUGCUGCUACUGUGUCCCCUCUUGCUACUGGACCCAGAGUCUUCCCCAGCUUGCAGAUAUUGGGUCUUGGAAAAUAGAGAAGUUUGUUCUAGGAUCUCUCAACUAGAGUGUCCACUGAUUGACUGGAAGCAUUUGGGGAAAAAAAAAAAAAGUUUGAGGGAACUCGAGUCAGUCGUUCAGGACAUCCCCUGUCCCUUCUGUGCUCUCUACCAGCAGCCUUUGCCUUAUGGGUACAGAUCACCUGCAACUGCCUCAGUCAUUCCAGGUUCUAGAGCUUUCUCUGGGGCAGGCACCUCCGAGAGCAUGAAGUUAGAAUGGCCCCUUCCACACCCUGGCAUAUGUGUAAGCAGUGGGUGCUGAUUUCCAGUGGAGGAAACUGCUGGCCCCUCCCACCCCGGAGCCCCACAGCUGUGUCAGAGGGCACAGCAAGCUCAGAACCGUCUCAGCCAGUCUUGGGUGGUGAGUGCCAGCCACCUUCGUCUGGACUGAAGGAGGUUAGCAUCCGCCAGUUUGUUUUCUUUUCUCUGUAUGUGUAUGUGUCUUCAAAGUGAGUUGCAGGUACAGGAGACUGUUAUCGAUAGUGUUGCGCUGAGGGGUAAGGACCUUCUGCCAGACCAGCCAGUGCCACAGCCGAGACUGUAGUCCCAACCCACCACAAUCUGUCUGUACCUAAAGCACCCCCAAUCUCACUGCUCAGCAGUUAAUACCUGGUUUUAGUAUUAGGUCCAGUCAGGGCAAGAACAUUGUAUUUUAUUAAAAAAAAAAAGUUUCUUAGAAUGCUAAAAAGUUUUCCCUCUGCCCAUCUGAUUUUUUUAAAAAAUGUUUGGUUUUUGUUUGAGACAAGGUCUCAUUGUGUAGUCUUGGCUAGCCUGGAAUUUGCUAUGUACACCAGGCUAGCCCUGGAGCUCAUAGAGAUCCACUUGACUCUCAAGAGCUGAGAUUAAAUGUGUGCACUUACCAGGUCCAGUCCAAAAUGGUAUUUUGUUUGUUUGUCUGUUUUGAGACAGGGUCUCACCAUGUAACUCUGGCUGUCUUAGAAAUUGCUAUGUGAUCCAGCCUGGCUUUGAAUUCAGAGAUCCACCUGCCUCUGCCUCCCAGGUGCUGGAAUUAAAGGUGUGGGAUUUAAGGCCAGAGGGUCUGUUGUCAUAUAGAAGUUCCACAUUCCAGAUCCAGUUGUUUUCCUCUAGUCUUUAGCCCACAUGUUUUCAAGGGUAAUGUUGCUUUUUGUGCUAAUGUGGCAUUUCCCUUGUGCCUAAGGUGCCCUUACCUUCAUUACCACCUGUAGCAAGGGCCAAACCAUCUUGGAGGAGGGGAAAGGGGUCCCUGAAGAGACAGGGUUACAUUGGGAGGGUCUGAGGGCACUGUGGGGUGGGAUGGCCUGUGGAACUGCCCCAGGGAGGCCAGGCUGGGCACUGUGAUGUCAGAAUGAGUGUGUACAGCUUGGAGAAGCCAGGCUGUCCCAUACCGGGCGCAGCAUCCAUGUUUCUCCAUCUCUUUCUUUCUCUGCUCUUGUUUUGACUUUGUCCUUGCUUCUGUUCUGUGGUUCUGGGGUCUCCACUUUCGAGAUGGUCCGUGUGCACUGGAGCAGGAGUAAGACCUCAGAUUAUGGCAGGAAGGGCUAUGGGGAAAAUGCCUCCUCUAACUGAGGUGUGAGAAGAGCACGGGGUACAGUGGGUGGCCAUGUGGCAGUCUUCCUCCCACGCCCCAGCUUCCCCUUCCUUAAAAUGAGGAGAUAGAGGCUACAGCAGGGGUUUCCGCAUGUCCAUGCAAGAACCAACUCUACUGUGUGUGAAAUGAGGUUAGAAGUUUGCCCCUCACCCCAACCUCCUGGCCUUCCAUGCAGUGCUGGGGUCAGGGUUGUCUGGCUCUGGGCUUGAUGCGCUUGCCAGCUCUGAGCAGGCUGGGCAAUGACUAUGUGUGUCAACUGCUGAGGGCCAGCCUGAAGGCCAGGGGAGACUCCCCACAGUGUUUCUGCCUAAGAAGUUCACUUUUCCCUCUUUCCCUGGCCUGGAGGCUACCGGAGGGAAGGGUUUUCUAUGACUGAGCUAGCUUUUCUUAUGGCAAGAGGGCUCUUUUUGUAAUUUGUGCAUGAAAUUCAUGUUAUUUCCUGGGGAGAGAAGAGGGCCAACUGAGUGGGGUGGGGUGCGCUUGGGAAACAGGCAGAGGAUUUCCUUCCCUGCAGGGGGGUGGGAAGGGUUGCAGAGGGCAUGCUACCCAGCUCACCUGAAGAGGGCUCUUGAACCAGCCGUUUUGGGUUGUGUUAAACAUGGGAACUUUCCUCCAUUAAUGUACAAUCUUGAACUAACUGCUAAUAAAAUGGGAUUCUGUUUGUA